GCAGUCUCUGGUCAUCUCCUGUACUGUGACCGCAGUCUCUGGUCAUCUCCUGUGCAAUGUCUGCAGUCUCUGGUCAUCUCCUGUACUGUGUCCGCAAUCUCUGGUCAUCUCCUUUACUGUGUGCACAGUCUCUGGUCAUCUCCUGUACUAUGUCUGCAGUCUCUGGUCAUCUUCUGUACUGUGUCCACAGUCUCUGGUCAUCUCCUGUACUGUGUUCGCAGUCUCUGGUCAUCUCCUUUAGUAUGUCCACAGUCUCUGGUCAUCUCCUGUACUUAUGUCCGCAGUCUCUGGUCAUCUCCUGUAGUAUGUCCGCAGUCUCUGGUCAUCUCCUGUACUGUGUCCGCAGU